AUGUUCAGAGCGGUCAAAAGAUGCUCUAAAUCCCUAUUUCAUUCACAAAUUAAGCCUCUACAAAAGAGAAGUCUUACUUUAGAUGAUGGCUUGAAAAAGAGGUUACUGGAAUUGAAAGAGCAUCCGGUAGUUGUAAUAGGUGGAGGACAUGCCGGCUGUGAAGCUGCCACAGGCUCAGCACGAUCUGGGGCUACGACUUUAUUAAUCACUCCCCAUAUUGACAAAAUAGGGACGGCAUCCUGUAACCCAUCUAUGGGUGGUGUUGGAAAGGGUACUUUGCUACGCGAGGUUGAUGCCUUAGAUGGAGUUGCAGCAAGAAUAACAGACAAAGCAGGAAUCCACUUCAAAAUCCUUAAUGCAUCGAAGGGCGCAGCUGUGCAUGGACCUCGAGCUCAAAUUGAUAGGAAGAUAUACUUGAGCGAAAUGCAGCAAGAGAUAUUGAAUUAUCCAAAUUUAUCGGUACUUGAAGCCCAAGUGGAAGACAUUAUAAUUGAACGGUCAGAUGAAAACACGGACACAUCAGGAAGAGUACAUGGUCAAGUCAAAGGCGUCAUACUUGGCGAUGGGAAUAUAAUUAAGUGCUCAAAAGUUGUAGUCACGACUGGGACGUUUUUGGGUGGUGAGAUCCAUAUUGGUUUAAAAGCCUUCCCGUCAGGAAGAAUAGGAGAGAAUGCAACUUAUGGCUUAUCUGAAACUUUGCGUGAGGCUGGAUUUAGACUUGGACGACUAAAGACUGGAACUCCACCGAGGUUAUCUGCCAAAACAAUCGAUUAUUCAAACUUGGAGCCACAACCAUCUGACUAUCCGCCUGAACCCAUGUCGUAUAGUAAUGACAAUGUUUCACUUCAAGAGAGUUUGGUGCAGUGCUACAUUACCGCAACCACUCCAGAUUUCCAUAGGUUGAUCGCUGAGAACUUAGAUAAAUCAAUUCAUAUAAGAGAAACAGUCAAGGGGCCGAGGUAUUGUCCUUCUAUAGAAUCGAAGAUUAUUAAAUUUCCUCAGAAAUUGUCACAUUUAAUAUGGCUAGAACCAGAAGGAUUGGAUACAGACUUGGUCUAUCCUAACGGAAUUUCUUGUACCAUGCCGGAGGAUAUUCAGGAAAAAAUGGUGAAGAUGAUUCCUGGAUGUGAAAAAGUGAAAAUGGUUCAGCCUGGUUAUGGGGUUGAAUACGAUUACAUUGAUCCAAGAGAGCUAAAGGUGACUUUAGAAACAAAAUUAGUUAAUGGUUUAUACCUAGCUGGUCAGAUAAAUGGGACUACGGGCUACGAAGAAGCGGCAGCGCAGGGAUGCAUAGCUGGAAUAAAUGCCGGGCUCUCUUCUAUGAAAAGAGCCCCUCUUGAGCUUCUUAGAUCUGAUGGAUAUAUAGGUGUGCUCAUCGAUGAUCUCAUUACUAAAGGUGUGGAAGAACCUUAUAGAAUGUUUACAUCUCGUUCUGAAUUUCGAAUAUCGAUAAGGUCAGACAAUGCAGAUAAAAGAUUGACAAAGAAAGGUUAUGAAUUAGGUGUUGUCGGCGAAGAAAGGUUUGCAAAAUUCACGGAAGAAAACGAUAGGCUUGAGCUGAUAAAACAGCAUUUGAAGUCAAUCUCACUUGCUGGAUCAAGAUGGGCUCCCGUUUAUGAAGAUACUGAUCUGACGGUUAAACAAUUGGCUGUUAUUGAUGGCUGGAAACUAUUGUCAUACAAAGGAAUAACUCUUUCUUCUUUGCUUCCGCAUCUCAAUAAGUUAACUAACACCGAAAAGUUGCCUGAAUUUUAUGAUAAUAUUAGCGAAAGAUUAAUAAAACGCAUCAAUAUCGAAAGCACUUAUGAUCCUUGGAUUAAGAAGGAAGAAGCACAUUUAAGAGCAUACCAGGCAGAUGAAAACUUACUUCUACCCAUAAACUACAAUUAUACGAACGAGGGAAAUCUAAAGAUUUCUUAUGAGGCUUGUCAUUUACUAAACACAAUUCAACCCAAAACCUUAGGUCAGGCUAGAAGGAUACAAGGAGUCACGCCGGCCGCAAUUUUUGAGCUUUUUAAAUUAGUCCGGAGUAAUCAAAAUGAACUUGCAUUACAAAGAGAAGGCUAA